AUGGUAAUGGGGAGCCGGGGUCCAGUGGCGGUCCGCCUGUCAUCAAUACCUGGAGAUGGUAUUGAGAAGAGCCAACCGGGCUCUCUUCCAGGUAUGGCGACAGCGGCGGACAGACAUCUAGGCCGAGGGCUCGAAUUUGGCUCUGGCACGACACUUUAUGUGACAGACAGCAAUCAACGAAAACCCAAAGUGACGGUGUACCCAGCGUCCAACUCUGAGUCGAAUGGGAAGACCACCCUGCUAUGUCUGGCUAGAGACAUGUUUCCAGACUUGGUCAAGAUCUCAUGGAAGAUUGAGGAUGCAAACGGCAGAAGAAUGGAGGUGUCCAAAGCAGAGACGGAACAGCUGGAGCAGAGGGAGGAAGGACAGACAACCAGUAUGAUCAUCAUUGAUAAAGAGAAGACGUACAGGAACAAAUACGUCUGUUCUGUGGAGCAUGAAUGGGGCGCUCAACAAUUUGACAUUCCAAAAGAUACUCCACCAACCUGCCCGUUCAGAAAUGACACGCAGGAGCCACUGACUCUGCAGUUUACCGAAGAUUCCUUCCAGUCAACGUGCAGUCUGAACCUGGCCUCUGUGGUUUACACAGUGAUGAUCGUGAAGAGCAUGGUGUACUGCUGUGGGCUCUCUCUCCUGCUGCACCACAGGAUUCUAGGAAGAGGACCCAGCACCUGAAGACCUCUAUGAGGAAAAUCAUUUAUGUGCUUUUUUACAUUGAUACAAUGUUGUUGUUUUUUUACAUUGAUCCAGCUUGCAUGACAUUUUCCUUGCCUAACACAGCCUGCUCAAAUUAACCAAGUUGAUCAAAAUAACCAUAUUAUUUUAGAUGAGGAUGGAUUUAAUUAUCGCUGCCUUUAUGAACAAAAUGUUGCAACAACAAUGGUUCUGUAAAUCAUUGUAAAAUACAUUUUUUACAGUUCCGUGCUGUUUUCUAUGAAUAAAGGUUACUUAAAACCCCCAAAA